GAACACUUUCCUCCCCCUCCACCUUUGCCCCUGUCUCUGCUGUGUUCCCACCGGGAGCAGCCAGAUCUUCUCCAACACAAUGUUCAGCAUCAAGAUGUUCCUACAGAAAACCCUGAUUCUUCUGCAGGUUACUCUGUCUGUUGUUGUUGGCAAAACACUGAUGAUAUUGUUUCCCAAUGCCAUGAAAAGAUACAUCCUAAAACUGGGCGAAAAGAGCAGAAUGAACAAGAAUCCAAAGUUCAGCUAUGAAAACUGGGGUCCGACUUUUUUCAGCUUCAAGUAUUUGCUCUUUGUGCUGAAGGUGAAGUGGAAGAGGCUGGAAGAUGAAGCCUUCGAGGGACACCCUGCUCCCAACACGCCAGUGGUGACCCUGAAUGGGGAAGUUCGUCACCUCUUGGAUUUCAUGGGAGAUAACCGUCCUUUAAUCCUGAAUUUUGGAAGUUGCACCUGACCUUCAUUUAUGCUAAAAUUUGAUGAGUUCAACAAGCUCAUCAAAGAUUUUGGCUCAGUAGCAGAUUUCCUUAUCAUCUACAUUGAGGAAGCUCAUGCAGUAGAUGGAUGGGCUUUUAAAAACAAUGUUGUUAUUAAAAAUCACAGAAGCCUUGAAGAUCGAAAAAUUGCAGCACAAUUUCUUCAGAAAAAUAAUCCUUUAUGUCCAGUGGUUUUAGACACUAUGGAAAACCUGAGCAGCUCAAAAUAUGCUGCGCUGCCAGAACGACUCUAUCUGCUUCAAGGAGGGAAAGUCAUCUACAAGGGAGGAUUUGGGCCUUGGAAUUACCACCCCCAGGAAAUACGUGCCAUCCUGGAAAAGCUGAAAUAGAAAAAGAAGAGGAUUCAGAGUAAAGACUGGAUAAAGAAGUUCAAGAACAAUUUCUCACAGACAUAACUGUAAAGAAAAAAAAGAUUUUAAAAAUAACAAGAUACAACAAGAAAAGGAAUAUUUUAUGUACAUCUAAAGAGCAUCAGUAAUGGGGUUCAUUAUGUGUUUGUCCAGAGGCUUUCAAGUGUCAUCAUUACAACCCCAACUACUGCUCUGUAGUAUCUUACUCCACUUAUACCACAAGCAGUAAUGUGGUAGCUGGGUCCAUUGAGCUCUCACACCAACACUUAUAUUUGUAAGGACUGGAAACCAACAUUUACAUGGGUAAGGACUACCCUGCAGGAUAAACUUCAGGGGUGCUGACUCCUGCAAGAGUCUUCUGGCAUGCAAAGCAACUGAUUCAACAUUACUAAGGUUCUCUUUCUCUUGUAUACAUACACCUGUUCCUAAACACUUUUACUGACUUCAGGAGGCUUCUGAGCAAGGCAAUCUCCAUCUCCACUUGUUUCCAUGAAUAUUUGUUAUGGCGGCCACAGCAUAAAGCACUGACGGCUGUGACCUGAUUCUAGAAAAUAUUUAUAGAAACAAGGGAUUCAUCUACAAUUAUUAAAAGUCUAUCAGAGCACUUCAUAUGUCUUCACAUUAUUUCCUUCCCCCCCCUGCCCCUCUCCCCCCCCGGUUAUUUCUCAGCAUUAGCAGUUUAUAUUCAUCCUUGAGCUGAUGAGAAAGUUACCAGUUUAUGGACUUUUGAAGGACUUGCUAGACAGUAGGAAGUAGUACCUCCCAUUUAAGUACUUAACAUUUUUUUUCUAUUCAGAGUGCAAGGGAAACAUUUUAAUUCUUGUAUUAGGAAAGCCUGAUAAAAAUAUACUAAUUUAAAUGGACUCAGUUAUGCUCAAGUGUUCUAAACUGACAGUUUAGGUUAUAAAAUAAGAAAGCUGUUACUAUAAUUAACAAGAGCAUGGCAUUGUGGUUGGACUUGAUCUUAACAGUCUUUUUCAACCUAAAUGAUUUUAUUCUAUCCUAUUCCAUACAUUACACCAGCAGGGAAUACAUACUACAUCCAUACCUUCAAAAAAGCACUUUAAUACAAGGUUCUAAUAAUAAACAUUCUCUGCAAUACAGCUAUCAAGAUGUCACUUCAGUACAAAAAAAAUGGAGGUCCAAAUUUAAGCUGGACUUAAGCAUUUUCUGCUGUGCCCUCUGCCAUCACCCGGUGCACUGACACAAAAUGAUCAAAGGCAGAUUUGAUGAUGAAGCGCAAGUAAGUGGCCUGGAAUUCAGGAAGCUGCAGAAGGAAUAAAAAAAUGUUAUUGCAUUCUCUGUAGCAACAAAACUACCAAACAUUUGCAGAAGUUUGUUAGACAGAAGGAUCUAGACACUUCCAUGCCUGUCUUCCAAUUGCACAUAAAUCAAGCUCUUUAACAACAUCUAGCCAGCUUCAGAGUUUCUUCAGAUGACAGCAAUUCAAAAAAGUCUCAUCACUCCUGAAUUCUACAGCCUUUUAAAGGCAACAAUUGAAGGAGGGAAGAUUGCCACACUUCUGGAAAGGGCCCUCCACGUAGUUAGGAGCACUAGGCAGGUGCAAUUUCAUACUAUAAUCUACAAAGGAGCAGCUGGGAAAUGCAAUUUCAUACCUUGAUCUACAAAUUCCUCUCUCUAACACCAACUGAGCAAAUAAUUGUGAAUAAAGAUGUUUGUUUUUUUUAUA